UUCUUUCAAUUGGAAAAAACAAUUUUUUGUUUGUAUGAAAAUUAAGCUAAAGAAUUUUCCUUUUUUUUACUAAUAAAUAUUGCAAUUAAUUAAUUUAAGUAACGAAAAUGUGAUAAAUUGGUACAGUUGAACAUAAAUAUCAUUAAACGGAUAUGGCAAACAAUUGUGUAAAGUAAUUAAAAAACUUGUUGAAAUGUUUUAAAGAAAAAAAGUCAUAAAACUUCUACUACAAGACCGCACCCCCGUUACAGUGAAUUACCCUCUUCUUUGUCCAUAAGCAAAAAGUAUACAACAAAACCUGAAACAGUUACGGCCGCAAACAACCAGCCAGCCAUUCAUACAAUAUGUGGCGUGUAAAGUAAAUUUACCUGUGGUUUUACACAGAUACCGCUUGUAUGUGCAAUUGUGUGCGUUUGUUUCUUUAAGUGUGUAGCGGUGUGCGUGAAAGAAUUUUCCUCAUUUACAUAGACUGUUUGUUUUUCGUCUACUUUUACAACAAUUGCAAGUGUGGAAAAUUGAAGAAAGAAAAAAAAAAACAUCAACAAAAACAGAAAAGAAAACUGUAACAGGUGCCAAAGUAGGCGUGUUUGGCAGAAACCAAAAAAUAGUACUAACGCCCAUUUGUGAAGAAACUUUAAGCCAUGGAAAAUGAAUCGGUUAAAUCAGAACAAAGCGGACGUUCUCGCCGCUCAAGAAACCAUAAUAAUAAUGGUGGAGGAGGAGGUGGUGGAGGUUCCAUAAAUAAUGGCUAUCACCGGGACCGUACUCGACACUCACAUCGUAGUAACUCCCAUUCGAAAUCCAAAAAUAGUCGUAACAAUGAGAUGAAUCCCUACCAAACAACAGUCAAUAUGACGGGUGAUGAAGGACGCGAGGGCCAAGAGAUUAUAGAGGUACAGAUUUUACCACAAGACGAUAAUUGGGGUGAAAACACCACUGCGGUUACCGGUAACACUUCAGAACAAAGCAUUUCCAUGGAGGACAUCAACAAUGCCUGGCAUCGUGAAAUGGCCGAAACUGGUAUAGGUUUCAAGUGUCGGCGUUAUCUGGAAUCUAUAUUUUCAUUUUUACUUGGUUUCGGUGCUUUUUUCUCUCCCGUAGCCAUGGUGGUAAUGCCACAUAUGGGAUUUUUUCCCUCAGCCUUUGAUCAUCCCGAAUUGACACAAACAGUAAGAACUCAAUUGUUGGCAUGUGGUAGUGAGUGUAAAGGCUUAUUGGUCUCGAUGGCCGUUCGUCUGCUUUUAUUGGCCAUUGGUCUGUGGGCCUUGUUUAUGCGUCAUACGGCUGCAACAAUGCCUAGAAUAUUUUUAUAUCGUGCUGUGGUUUUACUACUGGUCACAUUAUCAACAUUUGCAUAUUGGCUGUUUUAUAUAGUGCAGGUCACGAAUGGAGCAAAAAUUGUCGUUGAGACUGGAGGUGAAGCAGUCGACUACAAAUCUUUAGUGGCCUAUGCAACAAAUCUAGUUGACACUCUACUCUUCAUACACUACAUAGCUGUUGUUUUGCUCGAAUUGCGACACAAUCAGCCUAUGUAUUAUGUAAAAAUUAUACGCUCACCCGAUGGUAUAUCACGUUCAUAUACCUUGGGCCAACUGAGCAUACAAAGAGCAGCAGUUUGGGUACUACAGCGUUAUUAUGUUGAUUUUCCCAUUUACAAUCCCUAUUUGGAACGAAUACCCAUAUCAAAAUCACAAAGAAAUAAGAUAACAACUAGUUUUAAAUAUUACGAAGUUGAUGGGGUUAAUAACUCACAACAACAGAGCCAAAGUCGAGCAGUACUGGCAGCAAAUGCCAGACGUCGUGAUUCUUCACACAAUGAACGCUUCUAUGAGGAGCACGAAUACGAGCGCAGAGUAAAGAAGCGCCGAGCACGUUUGAUAACAGCGGCUGAAGAAGCAUUUACGCACAUCAAACGUAUACAUAAUGAACCAGCGCCAGCAGUGCCACUAGAUCCAAAUGAAGCAGCUCAGGCAGUCUUUCCCUCAAUGGCUCGAGCCUUACAGAAGUACUUACGAGUGACCAGACAACAACCCAGACAUACUUUCGAAAGUAUACUCAAACAUUUGGCGCACUGUCUCAAACAUGAUUUGUCGCCGCGAGCAUUUUUAGAGCCAUACCUUACGGAAUCGCCAGUUUUACAAAGUGAAAAAGAACGCAGAUGGGUGCAGUCUUGGUCACUUAUAUGCGAUGAACUAGUUUCACGACCAAUUGCUGGUGACAUAACAUUCCAGCUUAUACAAAAUGAUGUAUCAUUAAUGGUCUCAAUACACAAACUGCCGCACUUCAAUAUAGCCGAGGAGGUGGUUGAUCCCAAAAGUAAUAAAUUUGUAUUGAAACUGAACUCGGAGACAUCUGUAUGACAACAGCAAUCGCAGACACCAACCAUAACACCAACGCACAGUAAUGUUACACAAUCUUCAUAUUUGCAUGUUUUCGUAUAGGAUUCCUGAAACUAACUAGUGAGUAUCCCUGAACGAAAUAUUGUCAAAUAUUUGAGAUCAGUGUUACUUUAUGGUAUUUGUAUAUUUUUCUUUUAAGUUAUUAUACACAAAAUAAGAAAAUUAUGCUCAAAUCGUAAAACUCAACAGAAACCAAACCCAGUGUACUUAAAUUAACUCAUAAAUCCUUUUAAACAUAAUCAUUUUUCUUAAAAUAAAACCCUAGCAUACAAUAAUACUCAUUUAAUUCCUUAUAAAACUACAUAUCAACAAAUAUGACGUAGAAAAUUAAUACAUAAUUUCUCUUAAGU